GACAACUUCUCAACAAACAAUCAGUCACUAUCUACUUUCAUUCUGCUUCUUCUAAUACAUGAGAACGAAUUUACUUUCGAGAAUCUAGGCCUGGCGCUGUGCAGCUAGUGGAUUCGCAUCGCAUCCAGAAUCCACAUUCUUCCCGGUCGCGUUUCCCAGCCUUGUCCCCACCAAGCCGAUCGCAUUCGAGGAAGGCUACUUAUUCCUCGUCAUAACCAUAGUGUACACAGAUCUUGAUCAAUUUUCAGCACGUUCGUUGUAAAGAGAACGAUUAAGCAUGUCAUCCUCGCGGGUUGCUAUUGCUUCGUCGAUUGCGGUAGCUACAUCUACCUUGGCUGGAGCCCUGCUAUGGGCCGAUUAUCGAGCCUGGAAAAAUAAAGGCACGGGGGGCACACCAUCAACUCUAGCGGGGUACUACAAGAUCCAGAAAUGGGGAUUGUAUCUGUUGUUUCACCCUCAGGAUCUGCAUGACCCAUCAUUUAUACCGGAUGGAGGGCCCUCAUACCUAUCUGAGUUUCCGGAGAGGGAAUUUGAACGUCCAGGUCUCACCCGCUGGGUGCUCCCCCAACGCCAACAGCGCGUCUCCCAAACACAGGGCACACAAGAAAGUCUAUCGACUAUCCUACCCAGUCUUGCUAACUCCGAUGCCUACAAAGACUUGAUCUACACUGGGCCCUCCAAAACAGAAGGCGGAACUGGAACUGCGAUCUACGUUCGCCCGGAAGUACCCACGAUCAACCCCAAGGCCAAGGCUAUCUUCUAUGAAAUCGCGCAUGUGCACCCUAGUGAUAGCAGUCUCCAUGUUUAUCUCUCCCCUAGAGAUGCGAGGGUGGUGGUUGAGAAGAAGUGGGGGGAACGGUUUUCGGUAGAUUGGAUUGCUCCGAAGAGUUGGGUGCUGGUGUAUGCACCAAGGAACGCAACAGAGGUGGAAGUUAUCAGGGAAAUCGUGGAGGCGGGAAUUAAAUUUGCAGUAGAGGGUGGGAAGGAGAAUUGAAGGUCGCCCUGUAUUUUGUGGUGUGGCUGUUUCAAAUGUUUUCUGGCGUUGUGAUGCGAGUCCAAUUGCCUUUCUUUGAAGAUGAAUGACAUGGUUUGGAAAGUCUCUCAUAUGAUUAUACUGUUCUGAUACAAAGAGUUCUAUAUAAGUGUAAUGAUUUUAGCCAGUAAUUCACAGCAGAACUAAGAAU